AUGCCUCAUUGGAUGACCAAAGCAUUCAAAGAGUUAGUUGACGGGUUUGGGUUUCACUACCAUACGGCUCCAGGGGAGGCGGAGGCCGAGCUUGCGUAUAUGAAUAGAAUUCACGCUGUUGAUGCUGUUCUUACAGUAGACAGUGAUGCAUUUCUUUUCGGUGCUCCACAAAUUUUGCGCAUGAAUGUAAAAAAUGCGAAGGAAAAGGACGUUGUUGAGGUCUAUACUGCAGAUGCUUUAGCUGCGCAGCCUAACCCUAAUGCAUUUUUGCCGGCUGCACUUCUUUUUUUGGCGGUAGUUUGUGGCGGUGACUAUGAUACAAUUGGACUCAAGGGUUGUGGACCAAUUACGGCUUCGGCACUUGCAUCGGGCCCGCUAGCUCAGCAGUUAUUCAAUGCUGCCCAUGAGUAUGACGAAAACAUGCUAAAAAUAUUUUUGAAAGAGUGGCGCAUUUCUUUGUGCAAUGAACUUGAACAUGAUUAUAGUGGGCACAUUGGUAGGAAGCAUCCAAAGGUUGCAGCUAAUGUUUCCGAUGCAUUUCCGGACCCAAAAGUGCUCAAGCUGUAUAGUCAUCCUCUUACUUCGGAGUCACAACUGGGUAAUUUGGUGCAUAGUAACCAAUGGUUUAUUCCGGAGGUACCUGAUAACUCAAAGCUGGCUGCUACUUGUGGUCGGUUAUUUGGUUGGGGCCCGACAAUUGCUUCUAGAUUCGUGAGCAAUAUAUGGGAUGGAUAUUUCAUUCGUAAAUUUAUACAGCUGUCGUCAUUUUCUCCUAUCGAGCAUACUCAAAAUGACGUGUCAGCUUUAAAAUCUAACAUUCGCUUUAUGACACGUGCAAAAUCAUCCAGAACAUUUGUUAACAUUCAGUUGACAAUGUGGAUUGAUGCCCUUGCUGCUGAGGCGGCAACUUCUGUUGUUAGGCAUGCUGGCACACACCCCUCCUCAAUCGAGGGUCUUUCAACAACUAUUCAAAUGUUGAUAUGGGUUCCCGAGCCAAUUUUACAAGCAUUUUCGAGUCAAAAAGUUGCAAAGUUCUAUGCAGAGCAUCCACGAGCUUCAUUUGAUGGUCAAUUAGAACUCUAUACACCUAUAGAACUCAUGCCAAAGACUACGCAAGCAGCAACACACAAAAAUCCAUACCCAACGUAUUUGCAUGCUCGUAAAGCCGCUGAAAAAGGCGUCAAAAAACACAAAAAAGCCGAAACAACCGCUGAAAACUACCGUGGCCAUAUUUGCCGUGGAAGAGAGUUUUUUGAGAAGUUUGUUCUUGAAGAAAGUGAAGCCGAGGAACUAUGGAAUAGGCGUCCAGACUCAGAGGCAAAUAUAGCAGUGGCAGGCGAGAAUCAGCUUCAAUUGAGUGGUUCUGAUUCUGACAGAUUUUGGAUGCAUCCCAAAUUCCGUGAAGCAUUUACCGGGCCACCAAUUGAAUGCACUCUACUUGCAAUUUCUAUGUUCAUGGCAUUUAAAUGUCAUACCCUUAAUCGAGAAAAGUCUACGGCAUCUGCUAUUCAUGCAGCCUUUAUCCAACAUUAUGAUCAGUUGGACAGAGAUAAGUUUCGAGGGAAGUGGCAUUAUGAUAACCAUCUAAAGGAGUGGGUCGGAAACCCUGUUCGGUCCGCAGAGGUUGAAGAUCAGCUAGCGGCAUGUAAAAAUAAGGAUGGUGAGGGUGAAAGAAAGCACUCACGCGCAAUUACUAUUCAAGAUAUGCGCUGUCUUCUUGACCAUUCACUCCAAAAAUGUCCAACCUUUGAUCUUGAAAACGGUACACAGGCUUAUCAGAAAAAUAUUCUGGCCGAGCGGGCGACUUACUUGCUAUUCAAUGCCUUAUCAACAUCUGCAUUUACGAUCUGGAUGAGAAUUGGCGAGGUCACUUCACUUCAAUACAAGAAUCUUGAGUUUCCAGUAGGACGUCAGAAAUCACACUUCCAAGGCCAUCACUAUUUCCGGCUCAACUUGCGCAAUCGGAAAAACUGGCAAAAGCGGGAAAAAAAUGGAGAACACCAGCUAAGCGGGCAUACUUACAUGGUAUACAGCCAACCACGGACACCCAAGAUUGAUAUGCAUAGGCACCUGCUAGAUUGGUUGGAGUUUUACGAGACAGUUCUUCUUGGAAGGCCACUCCUACCCGAUGACUUUUUGUUUCCUAUGAUUGGUAUUAGCGGCACAUCAGUCCAGCCAGAUUGUGCCAUGACAUCCGAUAUCGCUCAAAAGAAGAUAAAUCAAAUGGCAAUGGAUGCAAAUAUUCACGGUGCUCAGUAUUUUACUACUCACUGCUUCCGACGGGGAGGUGCUCAGUAUCGCUUCAUGUUUGCUCCGCUUGGAGAGAGGUGGACGCUUGCUCGAAUACGAUGGUGGGGUGGGUGGGCAACUGGGGAACAUCGAGAUACGUUAAUUCGGUAUCUACUGGAUGAACUGUAUACCUAUGAGGAAGAUCAUAGCAAUGCGCUUUGUCCAGCAGACGAUUCCCCCAAUCCGGACUUAGCAUUUUCGUCUCAUGAGCAGAAACUCGUAUUGAACGCAGCACCCACAACCAACAUUGUUGCUGGAUUCACGCGCCAAGUGACACAGCAAAUUUCAACCCUUUGUUAUAGUCUCGAAGAAUUGCGACGGCACUCUUCGCUUUCUGUGGGACCCACACUACGGACUGUAACGGACCUCGACAAAUCCAAGUCACCAGUGCCGCGGCCACCGUUGGUUGAACAUUCUCAUCAAUUCUCACCAACAUUCUUACCCGGCGGGCCUCCACAUCAUUUUUCUAGCCAGUUCAGUCUCAAAAACACAGCAGCUACUAAUAACAUGGAGAUCCGCCAUCUUAUCCCAGGUUUUCCUCGAAAGCUUGCAUCCAAAGCAUUUGAGCAAGUUGUAAAAGACUGGGAAAUGGCUGAUCCCAGCCGUUCUCUCUAUGUUCCAAUGAAGGAUUGGGACCCUGAAUGGCAUAAACGCUCAGGCCAAUCUCAAAAGUAUGGACAGCGACAAACCGUUGCCCUUGAAUUCAUUGAUUAUUUUAAUCGUGACAAAGACGCGUUUAAGCGAGCGUAUCCGGAGUAUGUCAAAGGGUUCACUCCUCUUUUGCAUGCUAUUCGGCAGGCACAGCAACUGAGAGGUGACAGUAUACAGCGCCGUCGAAGAAUAGAUUAA